AACGUGUGAUUUAACAUGCUCGUCCCCAUCGGGUGACCCAGAGGAGACUCUAAAAGCUAAAAGCUGGAGCAUGGAGUGCGAGCAGCCCAUUUUCUCCGUGCUGGGAGGCGGAAUGAAGCUGCAGAAGACAGUCGACGCUCCGCGGCCGACUAUGAGCGGCAGUCCCGGAAAAACCUCACUGGCUGCGGCCACCUCCGACACCGAGUCCGGGAUCUACUCUGUUGAGAGCGAGCUGUGUGUGGACCACGAAUCCGAGCUGGACUGGUUCUGCGGCACCGAGCAGAAACUCAUCUGCUCCCACUGCGCCACCGUGGGCUCCUGCCAGGGACACACCGUGACCCCUCUGGCCACCAGAGUCACCAGAGUCAGGGACAAACUGGUGGACGUUUGUGAGAAAAUGCAGCUGCAGGCCCUGAGGAUUGAGAGGUUUAUCGAGCAGACACUGGCAGCCAAAGAGCAGAAGCUUCAGGCAGCGGCGAGCAGGGCGAGGGAGCAGGUGCUGGCUCAGGUGAGCGCGGCACGUGAAACCCUGGAGGAGGAGGAGCAGCGUCUCUUGGAGGAGGUGCAGAGAGAGGAGGAGCGUGUGGAGCAGUGUCUCCUGACCCAGAGAGCCCACUGGGGCCAAGCGUUGACGAAUCUGUCGCAAACACGCUCCCGUCUGGUGCACACGCUGACGCACACUCCCGACGCACAGCUGGUGACCAGUGUCCAGGAGAUAGCUGAAAGGGUGGAGGAGGCAGAGGGGGUCGGGGAGCCCUGUGACACAGACCAGCUCAGCCUGAACCCGUGCUGCACUGAAAGCAAGCUGCUGAGGGGUCUGUGGGCUACUGCAGUGCUGCUCGGGCCAAACACUUAUGGAUCAUCAUGUUUAAAGUUCGAUGAGCGCACAGUCAGCCCUCUUCUCUCUCUGUCUGAGGACUUCUGCACUUUAACUUUCCUCCACAAAAAAACGCGCCAGUCUCCACCCUACGACCCAGCACGAUUUGACUCUUGGCCCAACGCCUUAGGCUCGGUGUCUAUGUCCUCUGGCACCCACAGCUGGGUGGUAGACGUGGGCCAGAGCGGCGCCUUUAAAGUCGGGGUCUGCUACGCCUCCCUGGAGCGCAAAGGUUCUGGGAACGAGGCUCGACUGGGCCACAACAGUCGGUCCUGGGUGCUGUCUCACUACGACGGAGACUACUCCUUCUGCCACGCAGGGAAGAAGGUGCCGCUACAAGUGGCGAGGAGGCCAGAGAGGGUGGGCCUGCUGCUGGACUGGCAAAGUCAGACGCUGCUAUUUUACGAGCCACACUCCUGCGCUGUGCUGUACUCAGUCUCACAGAACUUCAGUGCCCCGCUGCUGCCGGCCUUUGCCGUGACUGACCGCAGUAUCACCAUACUGCACUGAUGGACACACACAACCACACACACAGAGUUAUAUAGUGCCAAAAUUGCUAAAUGAGCAUUAAAGAUGUGAAGAAACCACAGAGAGAAACAACGUCCUCUAAUGUAGAUUUAAUUAGCAGCUUCGCUGUGUGAGCAGUAAUGAGAACUCCAGACACAGCCUCAGUUUCUAUUUAUUCAGUCCUGCUGUAGACACCUUUAUUUUUUACUGUUUCUUAUUAUU